AUGAGAACUAUUCUUGUGCGACGCGACCAUGAUAAUGGUCAACAUUGCCAAGUUGUCUUAAAGCAAGUCGACGCAAAAGUUCUUGUACUCGACACAGAUCCGGAUAACCUUCAGUCAUUAAAAGUGAGGUCAAAGGUCUCGGAUAUCUCAGACUAUCGCCAAGCUGGCGUCCCCCACCGGCUCACCUUUCGGCGAGCUCCCUCUGGAGAGCUAUCGAUGAAGAUUGAGAUCUCCCAUGCAAUAACAGAUGGCGCGUCCCUUAUGGUUUUACUGAGGGAUCUUCGACUACAGUAUGACGGUCGCAUGCAAAACGUAUCCCCCGCAGCGUCUUUUUCUCAACAUACUGCCCAGCUUCAGGGACGCCUGGAGCAAGAUUCUGCAUACUGGGAGAAGUACUGUGGUGGUGCGUUGCCAUGCUACCUGCCACAGAUUCCUAGAGCUGAUGACCUAGGAACAAACGUCGACUUUGUCGUUCGCUACGUCAAUAUCGAUCUCAAGCAUGCUGGCAUGCUCUCUGCAUUCUGUCAACGUCAAAGUAUCUCUGUUUCCAACCUCUUCUGCGCAAUUUGGUCUCUGGUUCUCAAACAUCAUACCUCUUCUAAUCCCGAGGACAUAAUUUUCGGCUACCUCGUCUCCGGUAGAGAGGCAGCCGAAGAAACGGCGGGCCCUCUGUUUUCCGCUCUCAUCUCUCGCAUACAACUCUCUGGAGAUACGACUGUCAAAAGACUGCUAGAAACUGUCCGAGAUGACUUUGCAGAGAGUUCCGCUCAUCAAGUCUGCGAUAUGCAACACAUUGAGCAUGGACUAGGCAUCGAUAUGCCGUUGUUUAACACCAUGGUCAAUUUCAGAAAGUUCCCCGCGCCUGAUGUCGAGGAAGAGCCAUCCUUGAGAUUUGACGUCGUGGAGGGUGUUGAUCCCUUUGAUGUAAGCACACCUUUGCGUAUGUAGAUGGAUGGUUUGCUGAUUUGAAUUAUAGUAUGAUAUGAUGUUGUUAGUAAAGGAGACCAAGGACAGCUGGAAGAUCAAUCUCGCGUACUGGAGCGCAAAGGUUGAUUCCUCCUUGGCCCAGACUAUUGCGAAAGAUUUUGACUUGAUUCUUUCGUUAGCGAUACAGGAUAUCGGCCAGACUGUUACUAACCUACUAGCUACAGCUCAGCCUUGUAA